ACUUAACUUCAAACAUGAGAGAAUAUUCAUAUUUUUAUUAGAAAUUAGAAUGCAUGAAUUUAGAAAAAUCGCUGUAGCUAUUUCAGGUGGAGUUGAUAGUGCUGUAACUGCAUUAUUAUUAAAAAGAAAAGGUUUUUCAGUAGAGGGAGUGUUUAUGCAAAAUUGGGACAUUACCGAUGAGAAGGGAUUUUGUUCCUCAAAUGAAGAUUUUAAAGACGCAUUGAUUGUCUGUAAAAAAUUAAACGUUCAAUUACAUCACGUCAAUUUUGUAAAGCAAUAUUGGAAUGAAGUCUUUUACCAUUUAAUUAAAGAAUAUGAAACUGGAUACACCCCUAAUCCAGAUAUAAUGUGUAAUAAGAAAAUAAAAUUUAACUACUUUUAUAAAUAUGCUAUGAAUAAUUUAAAAGCUGAUGCGAUAGCUACAGGACACUAUGCCAAAACCAGUUUUGGGCCUUAUCUACAAUAUUAUAAGUCUGGUGAAGAUGUAAAAUUGUAUCGCGCUGAAGAUAUCAAAAAGGAUCAGACGUUUUUUUUGUGUCAAAUUGAGCAAGAGGCCUUAAGACGUACAAUGUUCCCUUUAGGAAAUCUCACAAAAUCUGAAGUGAAACAAAUAGCCUUUAACAGUAAUUUAGAAGAAUUUGCCAAGAAACCAGAAAGUAUGGGAAUAUGUUUCAUUGGAUCAAGAAAUUUUCAAAAUUUCAUCCAAGAAUACAUACCUGACAAACCAGGAUUAUUUGUGAACAUCGACAAUUCGAAAGUAAUGGGAGAGCAUCGAGGAAUUCAUCAAUGGACACUCGGCCAAAGGGCAAAACUUCAAGGACUCCCCGAGGCAUUUUUUAUAGCCAGAAAAUGCAUUCAGAGUAACAUUAUUUACGUGGCAUCCGGGACUAAACACCCUAUACUGCAUAGUAACCUAUUUUUUGGGUCUCGCCCUCAUUGGAUCCAUUCCGUACCCGAAGAAUUAGAUAGAGGGGAAGUUUUAAAAUGUGAUUUCAAAUUCCAACAUACUGAAGAAUGGACACCCUGUGAAAUUUGUAAAGUCGAAGAAGGACUGAUUAUAAAAUUAAUUAAACCGAAACGUGCCAUAACUCCCGGACAGUAUGCCGUUUUUUCCAGAAAUCGUGAAUGUUUAGUUUGCAUUUGCGUGUAAGGAUCACCUUCUUUGAGAACUUAAAACCUAAAAAUCUCGAAAACGAAGAGUUCAAGACCCUUCAACCAUAAAGGUUGAUUUGUAGCUCUUGCAAU